GGGGUGCAGACAACGUCAUCUCGACCAGAGCAGGGAAGGGCUUCACGCACACACCCACCAGUCUAUUUUUUUCCACCCCUUUUGUACUGAUACACGACUCGUAUAAAAUAUGGGCAGCUAAUUUACCCAGCGUUUUUUUUAAGUCCAGUUUCAUGAGUACCCUUUAUUCUAAUUGGACUCACGAUCGCCCACUCAGCGUGGAUUGAAAUGGGAUGAUAAUGGGAUUGUUCACGUCGACCAAGAUCGAGGAGAUACUCUGCUUUGCUCUAGUGUUCCUGUCCAUCCCCGUGGUGGUAGAUUCAUCAGAUGUGAAUUGUGAGAAUGUUUACAAGGACUUCUCGGACUGUGUCCUGGAGCUGGGGGAGAGCAUGGACAACUAUCAGGAAAACGUGACCAGUGAGAGGGGAGUGGCGGCUGUGUGCAGCCACUGGGAAGCUUUCCACACGUGUGCCCUGACGGCGCUGUCCGACUGCCAGCAGGAGGUCAGUUCCAUCUGGGAGACUCUGAGGCAGGACUCCCGAAAGAUGCGCUUUCAGGGAAGCUUGUUUGACUUGUGUAGUCCCAGUUCAUCUCCAAGCAUGAGGUCACCUGUUGCGGCGCUGACCCUGCCGCUCACGGCCAUGUUGCUCACCACCGGGCCCAGAUGGUCCUUCAUGUAAAGUGGGCGCGGAAGAAGACGGGCAGAGUGAGACGUGUCUUAUGUUCCACCAGGCUCACUCUUCCCAAGCACAACCUAAAGCCAAGGAGUAACACAAGCAUUAUUUUCACUCUAGUAUCCGUAGUUAGUCAAACAAUCUUGGAAAUCGAAUCAUAAUCAAAAGGUACAGUGGUCCCGACACUAAGGUGAUUUUUAAAGCAAUGCAUUGGUGUAUUUGUUUUUAAGGCACCGCAUAUACAGUAUGUUGUCAAGUUUAACUACGAUAGUUCAAAGAAAGGGUUCAAAAUUUAGCAAUAGCUUCCUCUUGUUCGGUACGCUCAAAAUGACGCUACUGCUUAGCUUUGCGAAUAUGGUUCCUGUCAGUGGUUGGCCAUGCAUUUUAUACCUGGACCUUUGGUGGGGAUUUACUCUGACAUCACAAUUACACUAGCCAUCACAAAGUAUACACACAAAAAAAAAGAGCACUCGCAACCUUGCUACGAGCUACGAACAUACAUCUGGAGCAGUUCAAAAUCAACACUUGUGUCGUAACUUGACAAACCUGUCAAGAGGUUUUGGUGGGUUGGUGAUUUGACGGUAGCAAGCGGUGGACCCAAGACUGGGGAGCAGGCGUAAUCGCAAGAAAAAAAAUAUUUCCAUCCAUCCGUUUUCUAAUCCGCUUAUUCUCACAAUUGCAAAUUAGUGCAUGUCAAAUCAUUAAAAGUCCUAAAUUAAUGGACUACGACUUGAGGGUGCGUGUUAUAUUCAAGUAUGUUUUAUACUUGAGAAAUGAUGGUAAAUCCAGGCAAAUUGACAACACCAAAGAGCACCUGGACAAAUAGCAAGUGACUGAGGUAUCUGAUUGGUAGACACAAGAGACCAGGCUGAUGAGAACAAGUCGCAACAAAAAGCUAACAAGCAACAUGAAAAAAGGCACACAAGAAAAACCAUGACAAAACAAAACUCAAAACAACACUGACCAUGCCCCCCAAAAAAUAAAAAAGAUCUAACAUCCAUCUAAAACAGUGGCUUGCAGCCAAUAAACAUGCUAGCAAAUGAAGAGAAUAAACUAUUGGGAAUAAAUUCACAAUAGAACAAAUAUUGUAAUUUAGGUUGUAAACGUAGGUCAUUGAUUCUGCUAGUGUUUAGUCCAGCAGAGAAUGCCUUUGGGGAUAUGUGCUAAGCUAACCAUCUUGUGCUAUAUUUAGCGCAAAGCUAUCAUCACUUAAUGAAACUCAGCUGUUUAUUUAAAAAACUGAGUAGCCAUUUUCACAAUGUAUGUUUUUUAAAUAAUGUAAUUGAAAAUUAUUGUACAUUUAUUCGAAUUCAAGAGGAGGGUUAGCCUUAAUUUAUUAUUGGCAAUUUGGCAUGACAAAUCUUAGCUGUCCUACUGAAUGAUAGCAUACAAUUUAGUUUAUCAAAUGAAUGAACGAAUACAUUCAUGAUGAUUUAGUGGCAUCCAGGAAGAUGUUAAAGUGAAACAAAUAUUCUGAGAGAAUUCUUUCCUGGAAAGGGGAGAAUCUGACAAUGUGUACAGUAAAUUAAUAGUAGUCAGGGGGCCCUUAUCAUUUUAAAGUACAGUUCGGUCAAGACCAUCAGGCUUUUUAAAAAACCCUUUUUUGCAGCACAUCACUCCAUUGUAGUGAAGUUCAAUGGUUCCAUCUGAAAUGCCAAAAAGUGUUUGAUUUUGUGCAUGUUUAUGACUUAAGUGUAUUUGUCUCCGGGUGUUUACAUGGCCUAGUCAAAUAUAUAAUCGUCAAAGCAAUAGCAGCUGCUUUUGGAAUGCAAAAGUAUUUUCAAAAUACAAUUUUUAUAUAAAUACAAUAGUAUUUUCAACAAAUAGCGUUCAAGGUUUAAAACAGGACCAAAACAAUAAUAUCUUAAGUUUGUCCUUUGAAAUGGCAAAACCUAAUCAUUUACAUGUUGUUUUAUACACUAAAUAAUUCUCACGUAAAUGUUAAUUAUAGCACGGCAGUAUAUUUAUUUCCAAUAUCAGUACUUUGGUUUGUUUCGCCUCAUUUCAAACUAUUUGACCCAUUUGGUUAAUAAACUGCCACAGGCAUAGUUUUAAUUAAGACAUUUGCAUUUCUAGAUCAGACACCAACAAAUAGUCUUAUAAAUAUACUGGUAAUGAGAAGCACUGUUUAUUUUUAAUGUCAACAUGCUUUCUAUACCCACAGUUUAUCUUCAUCGACAGUAUUUUUCCUGUUACCUUUCUCAUCAUAUAACCGCAUGGCUGUUUUGUUACGGCGCUUCAGACCAUUGGGGAAUGUGAUCAUUUGAACUCAGAAAAAGUAUACUGAUUCAGUGCAUGAAGAUGUAAGACUGACUCCGCAGCGCAUCGUCUCAUUUUCUCACAUCCAUCACCCACCUUGCACACCCUCUCUUCUCUCUCGGCAUGAUCCUUCUGGUUGUUUCUAUUUACAGUAUUAUGGUGCGCAGGUGCUAGCAUGAUGUCAUCCAUUGUGUGUAUGCAGUAGUGAGAAGUCCAAUUGUCCUCAAAGCAUGAGCAAUAUUGUAAGGUCACAUUUUUCAGAGAGGACUCUUAUCCCUUUUGUGUGUAUUUCAAGAAACCUCUGAAUGUAAAACCAAGUUCAACAUCUAUGCUUUUGUUUGCUUCUAGAGAGCAACACUAUUUAUAAGACUGUAUAGGAUACGAGCAAUAUAUGGCAAAGUCAUGUGUCUGUAUUAAAGCACCAGCACUGUAAAA